UACUUUUGUUAUCCGGUUCAAUUAUUUUGACCUAGCUUACUUGUUGGUUUUGUUUUGCGUAUACAAGACAAGGGGGGCCAAACAUAUAUAGACGUGUCAGAUUGAUCAUAUAAACGGUUUCUUCCGGGGCCGAGCUGCUGCGUGGCUUUUCGCCCCUGUCGGGGUUUUGGAUGAGGCGUUUCGCCCACUCACAGCUGAACAGACUCUUGUUUUCGGGCAAAGAACGGUUCUGCUGUCAAGGAACUACGAUGAAGUUGCCUCAGUCAAAUUAAACAAUUCAAACUCACUGCUUUCAUCAGCUUUGAGAAGGUCCCCGAGUUUACAGUGCAAUGGCCAGCCAUUUCAGAAGCUACAUCUGGGACCCAGUCCUUAUCGUUUCACAAAUUGUACUGAUGCAGUGCAUCUACUACAGCUUCUUGGGACUGUGGAUGGCAGGAGUAGACAGCCUUGUGCAGAUUAACCGCUCUCUGGACCAAAUAUUUAGCUAUCAAGUUCUUGGAUUUGCAACUAUACAAGGCAGACUUUCAAUGAUGGCAUUUGUUUUAAAUUCUCUUACAUGUGCCCUCGGUCUGUGGUUUUUUAUCCGCCGAGGGAAGCAGUGCCUGGACUUCACCGUCACGGUCCACUUCUUCCACAUGAUUGGCUGCUGGAUCUACAACGCCCACUUUCCAGCUGCUCUGUCCUGGUGGCUCGUCAACAUUGCUUGCAUGGCUUUGAUGGCUGUGAUUGGGGAGUACCUGUGCAUGCGGACUGAGCUCCGGGCAAUCCCUGUCAACACGGGACCCAAAUCCAACCUGUGACUCACUGACCGCACACUGUGAUGCCGAUGUGGGUACCAGUGGACAGGACAAUUGACCUUGGGAGUUUGGUCAGUGAGGGUUUUGGACUCAAAGAGCAAGCAACAGAUGCAAAUAGACUGUUGAUUUAACAGAGAUAAAAACCACAAGACCAACCCUUUUUUUUCAUAAUUGUCCAUCUUACACUGAAAAUCGUUCAUUUGUAUGCCAAUUAAGAUGCAAUGCUAAAAUGGUUUUAGAUGCAGGUUAAUGUGUUCCAUAUUAUAUACAAUUUAUUUUGCAUCAGAAAACGCACUAUUGGAUAAGGUGGUGUCUGAAAUGUCCAUCGAUUUGUACAGUGUUAUGUAUCCUAGUGUAAACCAGCUGGGGAUCUUGUUUGCUUACAUCAACGUACUUGGCAUAUUGGAUGUUGGAUAAAAGCUUGUUUUCUGGGUUGAAUCUCAAAAUGGCGACUGUGGCUCAUAGUUUGCAGAUUGCUUCUAUAAUGCU